UAUAUGGUAUGCCAGCCAGGUGUGGAAAUAAUUCACAAAUUAAAAAUGCAAGGGUGUCCCACACAACAGAAGCAAGUUCCUCAACAUUGUGGCCAAGUGGCCAGGGGCAACACAUGAUGCAUACAUCUGCCAUCUGGCGGAAUUCAAAUCUGAAGGAGCACCUCGACAGAGAGAAUGCCCAUGGUGAAGAGGGUGUCAUCCUUGGCGACAUUCCAGGUGUUGAUAUCACUCCUCAUGAAGUGCAAGAUGUUGCAACGUCGACCAGUGACCUCACCACCUACCGAAAUCAUGGCUGCCAGGUCAAUCACAAGACUGCUUACUUUCACUCGCGUGGAACACAGGCUGUGUCUAUGCCCUUCACUCCAAUGACAGAUCCACCCGCAUAUGAUCAUGGCAGAAGGAGGUGCUCCAGUCCAACCCUGCCGUCAUCUACACCGAAGCCAAAACGACUCAAAGUAGAUGAGGAAAUGCUGGAUCUUACUUCGGAAUUUGACCAGUCCCUUCCCAUGUUGGACGAUGAUGAACAAAAAGACCCUUCAUGGGACCCCAACAUGUCCUAUGGUGCUGAUUCUGAAACGGAGGACAACUGUGACAGCGGUGACCAGCCCAUGAAGUUUUAUGUUGUCUCGGAGAGGAAGCUACUGUCACUCUUCAACAUCUGCCAGCAUUGUGGAGGCAGAGGUGCUGAGGCUGAAGUUACAGCAGCCAAUGGAACUCUCAUCACCAUCUCGCAGCAGUGCUUGAGAUGUGAUGAAAGUUUCAAAUGGUGGAGCCAGGAAAUGAUAGCAUCAUAUCCUUCUGGCAACAUCAGCCUCACCACUGCACUUCUGUGCUCUGGCAAUGUGCCAAGCAAGGCUCUUAGGAUGUUGAAGUUUUGGGGUGUUCAAUGCUUCCGACCCGACACUUUCUUCACUCACCAGAAGAUUUUUUUAAACAUGGCUGUAAGAAAUAUCUGGGAGGAGGAGUACAUCAGGGUCAUGGCCAACAUGGAUGAUACCGUCCAACUCUCAGGUGAUGCCCGAUGCGACUCAAUGGGCCACUGUGCGAAAUACGGCAGUUAUACGUUACAUGAUGUCAAGGCGAAUGAUGUGGCAUGUACAGAACUUGUUGUGUCACAGAACGUGACACACUACCUUGAUAUAUGGCAUGUUGCAAAAGGUGUGAAGAAGAGAUUGGCGAAGCUGUGCAAAAGGUUUAAGGAGAUUGGGAUGUGGCGGCGCAGCAUUAUCAAUCACAUUUACUGGUGUGCAGUUUCCAGUAACUAUGAUGGGGAACUGAUUGUUGCAAAAUGGAAGUCCUUGGCUAAUCACAUCGUCAACGUUCACAAACAUACCAAUGAGAAAUUCACAGAGUGUGCCCAUGGGGAUAUUGGCCCAAAGUAUUGGCUUGAUCCAGCCUCGGAAGCAUAUGACCUACUAUGUCAAAGGAUCAUCAUGAACAAAUUGGUGCUCAAAGCAAUUGGCAAGCUCAGUUCCGAUGCCCAAACCUCCGGCCUCGAGGGAUUUCAUAGUACUGUGAACCACUUCGCUCCUAAAAUGUACCACUUCGGGUACCAAGCCAUGAAGAGCAGAAUUGAACUGGCUGCUCUUCAUUUCAAUGAGAAUGGACAGAAGGGUCAGAGGAUGUCAAAGGACAAGCAGCUAUCAUUCAAUAUCCGGUACCCUAAGAGUCGUGGUGGUCAAUACAUUGUGGUGCCAGUCAUGAAUGCCCCAACCUAUGCCUAUGCAAACAAAGUCAUGAAGGAGGUGAUAAGACUGGUCCGAUCUGGAUCAACACACGAAUUGAACGACAAUCCACCUCUGCUGUCUUCUUUGUAUGAUUGUCCAGCUUCCAAACAGCAAGCUAUUGCGGAGCACAAGGCCCAUGCUCGCUUCAGGAAGACUGAGUGAUCCUACUGCCGAGAAAGACUUGGUUUGGUGAAAGGCAUCCUUUGGCCACUGUGUUCAAUGAAACAUGGACGUCUGUUGGUGUGAUUUUAACACUUCCUUUGUACUCGGCAUUUAAGUGUUUUGAUACUAGUAGUAGUUAAGUAGUUAAGGCAAGCUGAAACUUGCUUGUUUGUUUAGAACAGAUAUUUGUAAACAAACAGUACUGCAAGUUUCCUGUUCAAAAUUAUUCUUGCAAUAUAGGUCAGGUGUUGUGACUACGGGGAUAG